GCUUGCUGAACAAGAUUUACUUUCCUUUAUAAUGACCUUAUCAGAGAAGGGGGAGGACUCCGUCUGAGACCACACUAUCAUCUAUUUUAUAUGUAUUUAUAUACACAUGAUUAACGGGGGUCAGCCAUAUCAAGGUUAUUUGGCAAGAAGGUAGAAUUAUUCUGGAGCAGCAAGCGAAACAGAGGCAGAUCCUUUCUAUUUCUCGGGCGAAAGAAAGAAUAUCCCCGCCUCAUAUCUGUCUCCUUCCAAUUUACUAACAAAUCGCUAAAUCCGCAUAACAUAAAACUUGGAUUGCGUUGCUUUAGAUAUUUAUCUCGAUUAUUACCUUGCUGUGUUCUGGAGGUGAAAUUAGGGUUUAAUUGGGAGCGAUGGACGAUAGUUGUGCGGUGUGUGCAGAUACUUUGGAAUGGGUGGCUUAUGGAUCGUGUGGUCAUCGGGAUGUGUGCUCAACCUGCGUGGCUAGGCUUCGUUUUAUUUGUCAUGACUCCCAUUGCUGCAUCUGCAAAACAGAGUGCGAUGUUGUUUUUGUCACCAAGGCUCUGGGUGAUUAUACAAGGAUGAUAAGUGACUUUUCAGUCCUGCCCUCUGAAUUAAGGGAGGGCCGAGUAGGUCCAUACUGGUAUCAUGAGGACACACAAGCAUUUUUUGAUGAUGUGGAUCACUACAAUAUGAUCAAGGCAAUGUGCAGGCUUUCAUGCAAUGUUUGUGAUAACAUGGAGGAACAAGCAAAUGAUGGGGCGAAGCGGCGGGGGAAGUUUCGGAACAUUGAACAGCUUAAGGGUCAUUUAUUUCAUAAACAUAAAUUGCUUAUGUGUAGUUUGUGUUUGGAAGGACGAAAGGUAUUUAUUUGUGAACAAAAGUUAUACACUCGGGCACAACUGAAUCAGCAUAUAAACACAGGUAAUUCAGAGGUGGAUGGAAAUGAGAGUGAGAGAGGUGGCUUCAUGGGGCAUCCUAUAUGUGAAUUUUGCAAAACCCCGUUCUAUGGGGAUAAUGAACUGUAUUCUCAUAUGUCCACAGAACACUAUACCUGUCAUAUAUGCCAAAGGCAGCAUCCUGGGCAGUAUGAAUAUUAUAAGAAUUAUGAUGACCUGGAGAUUCAUUUCCGCAGGGAUCAUUUUCUAUGUGAGGAUGAAGCCUGCCUUGCCAAAAAAUUUGUUGUAUUUCAAUCUGAAGCAGAAAUGAAGAGGCAUAAUGCCAUUGAACAUGGUGGGCGUAUGUCUCGCGCAAAACGUAAUGCAGUUCUUCAGAUACCAACAAGCUUUCGUUAUCGUCGAAGUAAUGAACAAGAUCACCACCGUGGAAGGGCUCAGAAAUUUCGUCGUGAAUCUUCUGACCAUCAACUUACCCUGGCCAUUCAGGCAAGUUUGGAGACUGUUGGUGCUGAUGGCUCAUCUUAUUAUCCAUCUUCAUCCAGUGCCGAACUAGUCUCAGAUCUCAGAGAUACAGACAAUGUUGACCCGCUCAUCCAGCCUUUUGAAUCAUUAGCUACUAUGGAUUCAGAACCUUCAAGAUACCGUCAAGCCUUGGGGCAAAACUCAAGGACAGCACCGCUAGAAGAAUCUUCCUUCCCCCCCCUCCCCAUGGCUUCCAGCAGCAGUCAACAAAAGCCAAGAAAUACAGGUUCACCUGACAACACCAUGGCAGCACAUCUUCGACGCAAAAAUAACAGGAAAGUGACUGUUCUCCACUCUGGUCAAGCAUGGCCAUCUACUAGUCGUGGGCAAUUGCAGCAAUCAAAUAACUCAAUCCCACUUAGGCCUACAAGUGAUGUUGCACCUCUAACAUCAUGGAGUUCUGGUAGUGGGCCUACACUAUCAGGUUAUCUAGCUUCUACUGAAACCAAGGCUCAGGCUCGACCAAGCACAGUUCAUGGACUUGUUUCAUCUAGUUCACAACCAACAUCUGGCAAUUGCUCUAGGAUAAGCCACUCUGCUUCUGCCCCAAAUUUUGUUGAUAAUGGAUCACUAGAACCUUCUGUUUCUGAUUUCCCACCAGUUUCUGUUAUCCGAACACAAAAACUGCCUUCAAGUAAUCAGCCUCCACCAAGAGUGGAGAAUGUUCAAGCUGCAAACAGAUCUUUAGUUGAGAAGAUGCGUGCUGCCCUACAAUAUGAUGAAGAAAAAUUUUCUGCUUUUAAAGACAUAUCUGGACAAUACCGACAAGGCUUGAUUGACACAAAAAGAUACCUUAAUAAUGUGCAGAAAUAUGGCCUGUCACAUUUAGUUCUUGAGUUGGCUGGUCUCCUUCCUGAUGCUCAGAAGCAGAAAGAACUAAUUGAGACCUACAAUGCUAGUUUGCAAGGCAGUGAUGGGCAAGAGAAUGGUUGGAACCAUGGCAGUUCCCAGUGGAUAGAGACUAAUGGCCGUAAAAAAGGUAAAGGUAAAUCUUUGGGUACUGAACAGAGUAAUUCUAAAGAUACAUUAGCAGAUGGUUGUAAAGGGAAGUCUCUUGCUUCUGAACCGAGUAAUUCAAGGGAUACUUUAGCAAAUAGUUUCAUAAGCACUGUUCAAGAACUGGAAUCAAGUUACAAGCCUUCAGAAGAAGAGGUGGAGGUGCUAUCCAAGGAUGGCUACCGUGCUACUAAGGGCAAAUCAAAGGUAAUUGUUGAGGAUAGGGAUCAGAAUGAUCUUUUAUCUGCUGGUGGUGGAUUAAAUCAAAUUUUGGUGGAUGGGGGUAGCGGGAAUAAGCAAAAAAAGAAAACCUCUAAGUUCCACAGAGUACGGCUUGGUGAUGGCUCUAUGGCAGCUCUUUUGGAUCUUAAAAAUUCAGAUCCCAAUCCUGAUUCAAUUCCAUUGGAUAGCAGGUUAGAUGGCAACCAGAACGUUGGUGAAGGAUUGCCUGUUCGUGGUGUUUGGCGGAGGGGUGGAGGCCAGAAACUUUUCUCAUGAGCUUUGGUUCAAGAAAUCCUGUAAGGAGUGGGGAUUCACCGGUAUGAUUUGUUUGUCUUAAUUAGAAAUUCAUGUCGUUCUUCUGAAGUAUCAAGUUGGGUUGGCCAUCUUAGGUUUUGGAUUUUUUGCAAGGUGGUGACUUGAACAACAUGCCUGCAUGGGCUAUCUUCUUAACGCAUCAUUUUUUUGUGUAACUGCAAGUGUUCAUAUAGACUACAGAGACAAGAAUAUGGUAGAAAACUUGAAAUUUUUGGUUUGUGAUUGACAGAUCUAUAUCUUGAGUCUGUAGUAUGAUACGGCUGCUCUCGAAAUGUGUUUUCUUUUUUGUGAAAUAUUACCAAGAUUAAUUUGGUGCUUGUAUUUAAGUCUGGACUCUGGAAUGUCUCCCUAUUUUCUGGAUGUUGGAUGUCUUCCUGAUGAUUGUUGCUCUUAAUGGAAGCCAUUGAUGAAGCAAGUA